AGUAAACGAUCGUGGUGCGCUCUAUUUGUGGAAAUACGAAAUUAAUAAACAAAUAAUAACAAAUCUUUUAUCAUGAAUCAUGAGUUCGUAAAAUCAUAGUUCAUAAACAUUAACCAUGCCCGACUUCUCACAUAAUAAUAAUAUAAUAUUAUUAAAGGAUUUAUGUUUAUUGUAACAUCAUGGAAUAAAUAUUAAUCAAUUUAUUAAUCAAUAGUUUACUGGUAAUAGGACAAUAUGAUUAUGAUGUUAUCAUGACUUAUAAAUCAUAAUUUGUUCUGAAAAUUGAAAUCUCUUGUAAUGUAUAGAAAAAUCGUUUAAAAAAAAAAAAUUAUUUUUUAUGAUUUUGUGGUAUAUUGUAAAAUUGUUUACAGCAUUAGUGAUAACAUAAUUUUUAUUUUACUUUGUAAGUAUAAGUUUUCCGUUGUUGCUUGCUUUAAAAACUGCAUUUUAUGUUUUUAUAAGUAUUUUAAUUAUGUUUUAUGUUUGUUAUUAUUUCCAUUAUAUAAAUAAUUGAACAAAUACCUUUUGUAUUACAUUUUUAUUUUAGAUUUGGAAACCUUAAAUUAUACAAUGAAUGAAAUUAAUGAAGAUAUCGAACGAGUAAUUGAUUUACUUAAUGUAUUAAAAACGAGAUAUUUUUUUCUGCGUACUCAAUAUGAUAUUGGUAAAGUAUUAAUAAUUAUCUUAGAGCAAUUAUAUGGACAUUUUUUUGUUGGUUCACUAUUGUUGGUGUUCAGUAUUCAGUUAAAAUUUAAACUAAUCAAACACUAUUAGUAUAUAUAGUGUAACCAACACUAUUAUGCAUUGUACCUAUUAAAAUGUAUUUUUAAAAAAGUAAUAUUUUUGUUAGGUAGUAGGUAGUUAACCUAUAAAUUUUUGAUAAUCAUUGUUGAUUGAAAAAAAAUUAAUAUAUUAUUAAAUGCCAGUAAAUAUCUAAAAAAUAACCAGAAUAUUUAACAAUUUUUACUUUUUAUAAAAGAUAAUUAAAUAAGUAUUCUGAACAAAUUUUAAGUCUCCACAAUGUUUCUAGAAAUCAAAUUACAACUGGUUUAUUUAUAACAGUACCAACACUGUUGUGUUUUUUUUUUUUGUUUCAGCAGAUUUCCGCAUUAAUGGGGCCCAUUUAAGAAGGUUUUAUUGUAUUUGUAUUUUAAUUAUGUUUAAUAUUAUUUAUGACAAUAUUUUACUAUUUCUUUUAUGACAGUAAUUUCAAUCAAUAUUUAUAUAUGUUUCAGAACUUAAUUCUAAUUUGAUGAAUAUCCAUCCAGAUUAUCAAGGUACAUCUAAUGUAAAAAAUCUCCAGUCUUUCAUCAUGAUAGAACUUUAUCUAUUGGAAUAUGCUUGUACUUAUGGUAUAUUUUCAUUGAAUCUGUAUGCAACUCGCCUAAAAUCUAAUUUUUUUGAGAAUGAUAAAGACCAUCAUUUUUUAGAGUAAUACAAUCUAUGUUAUAAUUUUGUAUUAUAAUUAUUUAUUUUGUUAUUAUUUGUUUUUAUAGAAUUCUUAAAAAGGAAGUUCAAAGUUUACUUGAGACUAACAAUGAAAUUAAAAAUCUUUCUGUGGAUUCUUAUCACAGUUUUCAUUCUUACAUAAAUUCAUAUAUGGUAUAUGCUAAUGUUUUAAAUGAUAUUAAUAUAUCAGAGACAAUUGAAAUGAAUGAAACACAAACAAAGAAGUAAGUGUGAUCAAUUAAAAGUUGAAGUACAUUACAAAUAUAUUACUUGUUUAAUAGAUUACUAGAAAUUAAUUUUUUUUAAAAUUUGAAUCAAAUGUGUGUACAAUUUUAAAUGUCUAAAAUUAACAUAAAAACCAAUUUGAAAUAUUAUUGUUAAAACUAUAUUCAUUAAUUAUAUACAACAAAUAUAAAACAACUCCCAUAGGCAGCAGAGUUCUAUUUUUUUUUUUUCAUUUUCAAAGUUUUUACAAAUUAUUUAAAUAGUUAUGGUUUUUUCAAAGUUUUUUUCAUUUUAAUUUUGUUUAUAUUCGUAUUUACUGUGUAAACGUGCAAUUUGAUCAUAAAAAAGGUAGAGGAGGGUUAUAUAAAUUGAAACCUCCAAAAGAAACAUCCUUGACACUAUGCAUCUAUAAACUGGCAUUAUCCUUGCUUCACUUAAGUGGUCUAUAGAAGUUUCAAAAAACAAAAGUGGUUGGUGAGGGGCUUAUAAGAUGAAACUUCAAAAAGACAAAUACUUGAUGCUUACACAAUAUGUAAUUAAAAUUGUAUUUCCUUUGCUUCAUUUGAAGGGUUUGUAAAAGUUUAUAAAACCAAACAACACCAUUCUCAUGCAAAAAUAUGAUAAAAUUUUAUCACUUCAAUUCACCAUUUAAACAACUCUAAUUCCCGAGUUUGAGCUCUCAUUUGGUCUAGAGGGAUCCUCUAAAAGUGUCAAAAAGUAAUGGAAAAAAUACAUAUAUUAGGGUGACGUUAUAUUUUAUUAAUUUUAGAUUCAGAGCUAUCAAGGAAUGUAUUGGUUUUACAAUGAUUUCUAAAAUUUUGUACUUUUUUUUGCUAUCUGUGUACCACUUUUCUAACAUAAAUCUUGCUCUGAUUUUCAAGUGUAGUGCCUUUUCUGAAAGGAAAUUUUAUCUGUGUUGUACUACCAGAUCAUGUUUUGAUUUUACAAGUGGUUUUCAUAAUAAUUGAGAAAAACUAGAAAAUUUAAAGUCAUGUUUAAAAGAAACUUCUUACCAAAAUGUUUUUCAAUAGCAGUGGUAUAUUGUUGUAUACAGAUAUAAAUUAAAUUCCCCUCUAUAUAGGGUUGCCAUAAUUUAAUAAAGCAAAUCUGAGACUAGAAAAAAUAGUAAAUAAAAUUAAACUAAAAAUAUGAUUAUUAGGUAUCUAUAAAUUUAUAUGUAUUAAAAAAAGAACACAAGUAAUAACUAGUUUGGAUUUUGGACAUUAUACAUAUCCGGUAUUCUUUAAAAAUCUUAUCGUUAUCUCUCAAUUACAGUUAUUAUUUGAAGAAAAUGUCGAAAUUAAAUAAUAUACAUUUUUUUUCAAAACCAGGACAUAUUGACGUACUGACAUUUUAUUUUCGGGACAUCAGUACAAUAAGUCAAAAACCGGUGACAGUCCCAGUUUUCCAGGACGUAUGGCAAUCAUACUUCUAUAUCUUACCUUCUCAACUUCUCAUCUGCAAGUUACAACAGUGGCCCACCUGUCGGGCGAAAUAUGUCAGUCUUUUUAAAUUCUGGGUGGAUUGAAGAACCUUAUGGUUUUACAAAGAUUGUUAUUAUUAUUUUUUUUGUUCUGUAGACUACUUUUCUACCAGACAACUUGCUUUGAUUUUUACAUGUAGCACCUUUUCUGAAAAGAAAUCGGUAUGGGGAGGUAUAAGAGAGGCAAUUUUAUGAUUUCUCAAGAGUUUUCUUAUCAAAUGUGAAAAACUGAAGAAGAAAAAAAAAAGGAAAAAUAAACGAAAUAUAUUAGUAAAAUAAAUUUUCUUGUGGACAACUUUUCUACAAGCAAUUUUGCUCCAAUUUAUAAUUUUAACAAUGUUUCUAAAAGUACUAAAAUUUAACUGGGAGGUACUUUUAAGAGGUAGUUUUUCGAUUUUCUUAUUUUUCUCAACAAAUAUGAUAAACUGAAAAAAAAACAUGGAAAAAUUGUUACAUUAAAAAAAUAUUAUAGAUAAUAUAUAAUGCCUAUUUAAUUAAUUUACCAUAAUAUGGCAUAUACAAUGUUGACAAAGUGUCACUACCAACUGAACUCCACUCAGAAUCAUUUUUGUAAGCAAUGAUUAAUUGUUGUUAAUAGAUAUAUGCUAAAUUACCUAUAACAGUGGCUGCACCCGUCCUUAUUAUCCUAGGACAUCUCUUUUUUUUCUUUUUUUGCUCUAAGUUUUAGAUCAUUAAAAUGAUUUUUGGAUAAAAAAUUUAUCAACAAAUAGCUGGUUUUUUUAAAAAAUUUUACUGUCUAAAUACUAAAAAUAAUUAGAACAAAAAAAAAAAUAGGUACACUGGAUAUUUUUGCUUACAAAAUUAGAUUACUGAUUUCUGAAAUAGGUACUAUUUUUUAAUACUUGAAUACAUGAGGAUUUUUUGUAUAGUUUUGUCUCGGAGCAAUAAUAUUUUUUACUUUUUCUUCAAGUGCAUUUUCUACCCUCUGAUAUAGGAAUUAAAUUUGAUGCAAUAAUAUUUUUUGUGUGGUAAAUUCUAUUCAUUUUUAUAUCAGGAUAUUUAAAUGUAGCUCACCCAAUUUAAAUUGAUAAUUUUGAUAAUAAUAAUGUAUAGUAUAUUUUUUUAAAUUUUAUUAUAUAAAUGAGUACAUUUUUAUAUUAUCUAAAUAUUAUUAAAAAUAUUUUACUAUAAUUUCUUGAAUGUACUCUACAUAAGUAUUAGCUUAUGCUUUUCUUGUACUUAAAUUAAUUUUUGGGAUACCCAAGAGCAUAAAAAUCCUUUUUCCAGAAACCAGAUUGACAAGUCUACUAAUUGUUGUUGUACCAGUUAUAAAUGGCAUCAAACAAUUUUUUUUAUUUUGUAUGUUAUUUGCAAUCAUUGCGAGUAGUAAUAACCUUCUCCAUAAAGUUGAGGUUUACCAAGUAAUAUCUUUAUUUUUUUUUUCGUCAUCAGAACUCAGUGUUUCAGAUAAAAAACUAAUGAUGUAUGUUGCUUUUAUUUUACUUAUUUUUAUGCGACCCAAUGCCAAGCAAAUAUCUGUAGGUACCUAUUUAUAAUUAAUGUUAUUUAAUUUUAAAUUUCUCUAAUAGUUCAUAUGAUGCGUAGCAAUCAUUUAAUCGCCUAACUGUAUUCACUCAGAGUCUGAAAUAGUAUCAUAUAUUUUUGGACUGUAUAUUGUUUUCUAUUUUUAAUUUUAUUUUUACAAAUGCAAAUUAAAAAUUAAUAUAAUAUAUUAUUAUUUAAUAUAUUAUACUAAAAUGAAAUAAAAAUAAUAUUUCUUAUUUUAUUAUGGUUAAUUAUUUUGACUGUAUAAAAUACUUAUAAAACAACUAUUUUUGAUAAAUUUGAUGAUAGUAACUUUCAGAAAUCACUUUGAAGGAAACAUAUAUGACUGGUACUAUUUUAAAGUUUCAUUAUUUUAAAUAGCACUUCUUUAGCAAUUAAACAAUAUAAUUUAUUGUAUUUUAAUUAUUUUAUAUCCUUUUAGAUUUCGAGUAAGAUGUGUUUGAGUUAUUUAAAAUGAUCAGAUGGUACAUUUUUCGAAAUUUCCAAUGUUUAUUUUCAAAAAACUACUCACACAUUGGUCAUAGUAUGAAUUACGCCAGUCUUUUUAUAAUUAUUCUCAGAUAAAUUAGAUGAUAUCAGUAAUAAUAGUAUUUAACACUUUUCCAUGAAAGUGAUAUCUUCCAUUAUAUUUUCUGGUCCAAGUAGCGUUGCUACAAACCUUUUUGUUUGAUGUUUUACUAAAUGAUUAACCUUGACAGGAACAUCCUGAUAUAAUUGGCUGUUGUCAUAAAUCAAAUAAUACAUGAAGUUAGGAUUUAAAUUCACAAUUACUUAAAACACCUUUUCGAGUUUCAUAAAUACAAACUCUUGUAAAGGAUAGAUAUUAUAAACAUAAAACAUCAGAAUUUUUAAAAAAUAAUUUAUUUUCAUAGGAAAAGAGACAAACUGAUGAAGAAAAUGUCAAAUAUCAAUAUGAUGGCAAACUUUAUUACAUUCUUAGUAACUGACAAAUUUACAGACUUUAGAACAGAAGAUGGACGAGCUACAUUAAAUAUAGCCAUAAAGUAUAGAACUCCGAGAACUAUAAAAUAUUACACAGAUAAGCAAAAUAGUAAAAAAUAAUUUUUGGAUAAUAUAUAAUUUUUUUUUUAAAUUUUGUGUUUUUUGUGUGUUUAAAUACAUUUUAAUUAAGUUGAACCUUAUCAUUUUUAUUAUUCUAAUAACAUAAUAAUAAGUUACUAAUAACAAUUUUUAUAACAAUAAAAUAUGUACCUACUUUAUAUUAUAUUUUGUAUAUUGAAUUUGUAAAAAUAUACUUGUAUAAUUAUUUAUAAAUUAAGACAAUUAUGAUUACUCAGAAAUUAAAAUCUUGUGUAAACUAAAAUAUUUUGACUACAUGUUUCAGAAUUUGUUAAAAUAAUUACAUAAUAUAGUGGAUAAAUGUAUAAUAUAAUCUUGGAUUAAACCAUUUCUUAAGUUAAUAUGAUCUAUUGAUCUCUGAAAAAAACCUAACAGUGAUAUCUAUGGGAUUACAUACAUUGAGGCCAAGUUUGCCUCUGCUUUAGUCUAUACCUUCACUUUACU